AUGGUCAACGGUAUUGCCAUUUUGCUCCUCUGCGGACUGGGAUUAAUCAGGGCGGACCAAUUAAAGGACGAACUGCAGUUGCUUCAUCACCGCCUCAACCUUCUUCCCCAGAAUAUUGACUAUGAUAGCAUAGACAUCCGAGUUAUGGAAACGGAUGAUACGCGAUGCCAGGAGGAUAUGACAGAGAUUCUUGGAGGCUUGAAAGCUGGCAGUUACUGGGCACUUAAAAUGCUGGAUUCUUGGGGUUCUCUUCCCUCUGGCCUGUUGUAUGGCACCUUUUACGAUCUUGGAAACUUCGAUGAGUGCCUGGAAAUUCAUCAACAAAUCAGCAGCAGCCAAACGAUCCAGGGCAAAUAUUGUUUCAUGGCUGUGCCCCUCAAAGACGUCCUGGACACCGGGAUUACGUCCCUGGAAAGCAUGCAGAUCAAGAUAGCCACUUGUUUUCCUGCCUCCUGCUCGGCCAGUCAAAUGGAAAAGUUUGCGGGACAACUAUUUAAAAAUGUAUUCAACUCAAGCAAAACUCUGGAAAUAACCAUUGAUGAAGACGGUUGCCAAACCAGCGAUCGUGUGCCUUGGGAUGGCCUUACAAUUUUCACAGUUGUGAUUUUGUCAUUGCUGACUUUAAUAGUUACCGGUUGCACUUUGUAUGACUACUUUCUGUGUGAAAAUCAAAAAAAACUUCCAUCUCUGGUAAAGAUCAUUUCAGCUAGGGCUAAUUCCAGAGCUCUUUUCCGUCUGGUGGAUGGCAGUUCCAAUCCCAAUGUGAUUGACUGCCUUCAUGGCAUUCGCUGCAUGUCCCUCAUCUGGGUGGUCUUCCUUCAUGAGCACAUGUAUUCCCUGAUAUCGCCGAACAUUAACUUUUCUUAUGCGCUUUCGUGGCUGGAGAAACCCAUGGCAAGCUUUUUCGUCCACGGCUACUUUUCAGUGGAUUCUUUUCUCUUUAUCGGUGGCUUAUUGGUAUCCAUGACUGCUCUGCGCACCAUGGAAAAGACCAAAGGAAAACUAAAUGUGCCGAUGAUGUAUGUGCAUCGCAUUAUUCGCAUCCUGCCCGUUUUGGCCAUGGCCAUCUUGAUCUAUGUGAAGCUAAUGCCAGUUGUCAGUGGAGGACCUCUUUUCAAAAGUGGAUUCCAUGGCAAAGAGGAGUGUGUGAAUGGCUGGUACUGGGAUCUUCUAUUCAUUCAGAACUAUGCAACGGAAAGUUGCCUGGAUCAGUCCUGGUAUUUAGCGGUGGACAUGCAGCUGUAUAUCCUGUCGCCACUCCUCCUAAUUGCCCUCUACAAAUGGGGCAAGAAGGCGGCCUUUGGCAUUGUUGCACUUGUGAUUUUGCUCUCCGCUUGCCUGUUUGCCACUCAGAUGGUCAAUCAUUACUCCAUGAGUAUAAAAAAUGGUGGUGGCGAUGAUGAGGCCAAUUCAAAGCUUUAUCUAGCCACUCAUACACAUGCUGCCCCUUGGCUGAUUGGCUUCUUGUUCGGUUACUUCCUGCACCUGAAUCGUGGCAAGAAGUUCGAGUUGAGUCGGCUGGUCGUAUGGUCGGGUUGGAUCCUCAGCCUGGCCAUGAUCUUUACCUCGAUCUUUGCUCUCUAUCCGUCCGGAAAAUGGAGUGCUCCACCGCUACCGACAGUGGAGGAAUCUCUGUACUACACUCUCACUCGAGUGGGUUGGCCCUUGUCGAUGUGGUGGGUUGUUUUCGCCUGUAUGCAGGGCUAUGGAGGUCUGGCCAACAGUCUCCUUUCCACCCCUUUGUGGCAGCCCCUUUCCAGGCUCUCCUACUCCGUCUUCAUCUGGCACAUGUUCAUUCAGGAGGUGAACAGCCGGAAUGUGAGGACCAGCACUUACUUUUCAACCUACUCAGUGAUGCUCAACUUCUGGUCAGACUUUGGCAUCAGCCUGGUUAUGUCGUACGCUUUGUAUCUCAUUAUUGAGGCGCCGAUCGGUGGACUAGAUGCCCUUUGGAGACCUACUGGAAAUGUAAAGCCUCCAGCUGCUAUCCAACCUAUACUGACUUCUGUAGUAGAGCACAAGAUCGAUGGCGAUGAAACCGAAAACAAAUUAGCUGCUCAAUCUGAUUAA